AUGCUAGCCUCAACCGGAGACGAUGAACCGGACCUGGUCGUCGGACAAGAUCUACCAACGGAAGCCGCCACUCCAAGGGUACUGAGUAUAAUCUCCCACGUGAUGGAGAAGCUCGUGGCACGAAACGAAUGGUUAGCGAACCAAACAAAGGUAUUCGGGAAGAGUUUGGAGGCAUUUCACGGCGUGAGAGCACCGAGCAUAAGUAUAGCCAAGUACCUUGAGAGGAUAUAUAAGUACACAAAAUGUAGCCCGUCGUGUUUCGUGGUCGGGUAUGCGUACAUAGACCGGUUAGCUCAUAAGCAUCCUGGUUCUCUGGUUGUCUCCUUAAAUGUUCAUAGACUUCUUGUCACUUGUGUCAUGAUUGCUUCCAAGAUGCUAGACGACGUGCAUUACAACAACGAGUUCUAUGCGCGGGUUGGAGGCGUGAGCAAUGCGGACUUGAACAGGAUGGAGUUGGAGCUUCUGUUCCUCCUUGACUUCAGAGUUACAGUGAGUUUUAGAGCUUUCGAGAGCUAUUGCUUUCACCUUGAAAAGGAGAUGCUAUUAAACGGCGAUGCUUCUUCUCUCCAAGAUAAUAGACCAAUUAAAGAAAGUCUCUCAGCUGCAUCCUCUUUGUCAACUUUAUAUGUUUAG